UUGCGUUUUGCAGUUACUUCCACGGCUCACCUCCCCCAAUCCCCCCUUGCUGUCGCUCCCGAGCAGCGAAAGCUCCGGCGAGAGGCGGCGACGGCGGGGGCGGCGGAGACGGAGGCCAGCCAGCUGCAUAUUGCCGUCGCUACACAUCACGAGUAGAAAGCAACGCCGAGCAGAUAGGGCCCAACGGUAACCCUAGAAUAACCUCAGAGCCGAUCAACUGAGCGCCCGCCGCAAUGCUCUCUCGCGCCGCCGCCAUCCGCCGCGGCGCUGCGGUCGCGUUCUCCACGGUGUCAGAGAAGGCGGAGACGGGACUGUAUGGCUUCGACGUUCUGCGCACGGCGAAGGGGUUCCGCCGCUUCGUCGACGACGCCAUCGAGCGGUCGGACGAGCUCGUCGCACACGUCGCGGGGUUGCCGUCGCCCCCCGAGAUUGUCCGCGCCAUGGACGAGAUUUCCAAUACCGUUUGCUCGGUCAUUGAUUCGGCGGAGCUGUGCAGGAACACGCACCCUGAUAGGGAAUUUGUGGAGGAGGCAGAUAAGGCGUCAAUGAGAAUUUAUGAGCAUCUUCAGUACCUGAAUACGAACACUACUUUGUACAAUUCUAUACUAAAAGCUGAGGGUGAAAGUUUCCUGCUCACAGAAGAAGCUAGAAGAGCAGCAACUACCUUGCGUAUUGACUUUGAAAAGGGAGGGAUUCAUCUUCCUGAAGAUAAACUUGAGCGUGUUAAUCAGCUGAACCUUGAGAUUGCCCAGCUGGGUAGAAAGUUCAGUGAAAAUGUAAUGAACAAACCAGGUUUUGUGGAUGUAUACCCAGCUUCACGGGUCCCAAGAAACCUGCGACAUCAUUUCAAGUCUGUUUACCGAUUUAAUUCUGGAAGUUUUGAGAAGCAAAGCAACCAGUUUAGCACUGCAAAGCAGAAGGGUCUAAGGAUUGUAACAGACUCGGAAAAUCUAUCAUCAGCAUUAAGAUGUAUUUCUGAUGAGGAAGUCAGGAAACAGGUAUACAUUGUUGGGAACUCUGAACCUCGAGAAAAUAUUGGUGUUCUUAAUGAACUUAUAGAUGCUCGUGAUGAGCUUGCAAAGAUUAUGGGAUGCAAAUCGUAUGCUGAAUUUGCUAUUCGUCCUAACAUGGCUGCAUCAGCUGAUGUAGUUAUGUCAUUUCUCGGAGAUUUGAGUAACAUUGUUAGGCAUAAAGCUGAUGAGGAAUUUAAGGCUAUACAGGAUUUCAAGAGAAGAAUAUGUUGUGAAAAGAGUGCUGAUCUUGAACCCUGGGAUGAAGAUUUCUUCAUUGGAAUGAUGAAAUCAUCUCUAAACAACCUGGAUGCUUCCAUCAUUACAAAAUACUUUCCCUUGUCACAAUGCCUAAAAGGUCUGAAUGUGCUGGUUGAAUCAUUAUUUGGUGCCACAUUCCAUCAAAUUCCCAUGAGGGAUGGAGAGUCAUGGCAUCCAGAUGUGAUAAAGCUCUCACUCUGUCAUCCUGAUGAGGGUGAUUUAGGAUUCAUGUAUCUUGAUCUCUACUCCAGGAAGGGUAAAUAUCCAGGAUGUGCUCAUUUUGCUGUCCAAGGAGGGCGGAGAUCAUCGGACUCAAAGUAUCAACUCCCGAUCAUUGCCUUAGUUUGCAACUUCUCGAAUUCUAGUGGAAUAACUGCAAGGCUUAACCAUGGGGAUGUUGAAACUCUUUUUCAUGAGUUUGGGCACGCCCUUCAUUCUCUGCUAUCAAGAACGGAAUAUCAGCAUUUCUCUGGUACUAGGGUUGCUCUUGAUGUAGCUGAAAUUCCCUCAAACAUCUUUGAAUGUUAUGCAUGGGACUAUCGUGUCCUGAAGACAUUUGCUCUAGAUGAAACAACUGGAGAUGCAAUACCAGAAAAGCUGGUAAAGGCGCUAAAUGCUUCUCGGAAUAUGUUUCCUGCUACUGAGCUCCAGAGGCAGAUCUUCUACUCUAUAAUGGACCUAACCUUGUUUGGGGAGCAAGCAUCCAAGCCUAUGGACACAAUUUCCACUGUUGCUGAUUUGAGAAGGAAGCAUACGAGUUGGAAAUGUGCAGCAGGCACACACUGGCAUACCCGGUUUAACCAUCUCAUAAACUAUGGUGCUGGAUACUAUAGCUACCUCUAUGCUCGGUGUUUUGCCACAACAAUUUGGCAGGAAAUAUGCCAAGAGGAUCCAUUGUCCCGCAGUGCAGGCAGUGCCAUUAGGGAUAAAUUCUUGCGGUAUGGUGGGUCAAAGGACCCAUCGUCCUUGCUAAAGGAUUUUGCAGGUGAUGCCAUCAUUAGAAACUCUGGCGGUGGAAUAAUCCCUGACAUUAGUUCCUUAUGCAAAGAAAUUGGUUUGUGAAAUACCAUUGAGGGUUGAGGCUGUCACCAUUCUGUUUGACCCUGAACUGGACUAACAGGCAAAUAACUAAGCCUGAAACGAUCGAGAUGCUGAAUUCAGGUGCUUGAUCUCUCGACAUGACAGCGGGUGCUAGUUGCAGGUCAAGCCGAUCUACUCAUACGGGUUUCGUAUCAAGGAAUUCAAUUGGUUACCCCCACAGGACCCUUAUCUGAAGUUGGCUGGGUCUCCUGGACCUCAGCUAUCUUAAUCGUUCGCCUAUUUCUGCUGCUGCAUGCUGGGAGGGUGGUUUCAUGAUCUGUCAGGUGUUAUCCUUCUCAGCUCCGCUUCACUGCCCUGGACAAUCUGUCCAUCCCUGCCUAUUCUAUUUUGUAACUUGUAAGACUGUCAUUCUUUGAUGUAUUCAUAAUACUUCCAAACGCCCUGCGACGGCAGCUCGCCUAUGUUGCUCCAUGACAGCACAGCCACAGGCAACGAAGAUUACACUAGCACCAGCCAGUUUUCCAUCCCUCUUUCUUGGGCAGAGAUUGAGCAUGUGUGAACUGGUCAAAAGUAUUAUAGUCCUCCUCUCCUGCUUAAAAUUAAAAAAAAAUCUAGCAAAUUUUGUAGAGAUGUCAUUGUACCAUUUGUACCUGUAGCAUCUGAACUUGGUAGUUCAUCUCCAAGUUACUGUGGAUCCUGAUAGUGAAGGCAGAAAAUCUAUGUUCCAUUAAUUGCUGUAGAACUAAUCCAAGCUGGUAAUGUCGCUGAAUUUGAUUCUAUUUCUACCCCAUUUGAAAUCUGCUUAUAGCUAGUUAUGCACACCUGUAGGCUGUAGAUCAAGAGCUACAUGCAGAUUGCAGCAGCUGGUGGCGGGGCUGCAGCACUGCCACCACCGCGGCAUCCUGCACCGCUCCAUCCUGCUCAUCGACCGCCACGGCGUGCUCAAAAUUUGGGUGGGUCUCCUGAGGCUUCUCAGUUAUCUUCAUCGUUUCAUCUAUUUCAAGUGUUAUUCUCGUUUGAGAUGCUGUCAUUCUAUCCUACUCCCAUUGUAUGGUAGUGAUCUUUUGGAAACAAAGGAAGCGAUUUUAGAAUCGAGCUCAGCUCCCUUAGCUUUCACCGACGCUGAGCAGUCAAUCUGUCAAAAGUAGAGUCGGUGCUCGUUGGCAUCCCUGGACCCUGGCUACUUCCUUUUGUAACUUGUAUGAGCCGUAUCAUCACUCGUUGACGUAUUCACGAUGUAUUUCCAAA